AUGUCGUCUAAAGGUAAAGAAAAAGUGGACGGAAAAGACUACUCGGGUAAGAGAAAGCGCGGUGACGACGAUAAAAGUGGCCGUCGGAAGAGGAAGAACCGUGAUGUCCUUCAGUUCUUCGAAGACGUAGCGUACGAUGUCGGCGAUGAAAGCGAGUCCAGCGACGGUAGCGGCUUCGAUGAUGGUAUUUUGGUGAAACUCUGGACUACAUUACGGGUUGGUGGACUGAACGUUGUUAUGAGUUCCAGUUCUAUUUUCAAGGAAUUUGGGGUUUAUAUCUCUGUUUUGGAGCUAAUUUACCAAAAUGUUGUUGAAAUUAAGUUAUAUGGUUGGCCUAGUUUGCUUCAGCUGGAGGGGACUUUUGGGCUGCAAGUUUACUGUGAUACAGUUUUUAGACCUGCAGAUACAAUUUACCCAUCUAAUUUUCUGGAAGAGGAAUUUGAUAUGGGUGUUGAAGUUAAGGGUGAACCAGGAAAAACUCCUUCCCUUCCCUUUUUGCCAAAAGAGGAGGAGUUGAGUGGGGAAGAACUUGAAAAAAUGUUGGAGGAGCGUUACAAACCAGGUUCUAGUUUUGUUACAUAUGCAGAAGAUGGAUAUGAGACCAAAAAAUCAAUUGAUAGAAGUACUAGUUUUCCCUCUGCUAAUGAUCCAAUCAUCUGGAAAGUCAAAUGCAUGGUGGGACACGAGAAGCAUUCAGCUUUCUGCCUUAUGCAGAAGUAUGUUGAUUUGCUGUCUCUGGGAACUAAGUUGCAGAUAAUUUCUGCAUUUGCGCUAGAACAUGUAAAUGGCUUUAUUUAUAUUGAAGCUGACAAGCAAUCUGAUGUCAAUGAGGCAUGUAAAGGGUUUUGUAGUAUAUAUUCGAGUCGAAUUACACCUGUCCCAAAGAAUGAAGUUUCUCAUUUGCUCUCUGUCCGAAACAAGUAUAGUGGAAUUUCUGAGGGCAUGUGGGCCCGUGUGAAGAGUGGGAAAUACAAAGGGGACCUAGCUCAGGUUGUGACUGUAAAGGAUGUCCGGAAAAAAGCUACAGUCAAGCUGAUCCCGAGAAUAGAUCUGCAAGCAAUGGCUGCAAAAUUUGGUGGAGGAGUUACUUGCAAGAAGAAUGCUAUUCCUGCACCAAGAUUGAUCAGCUCUAGUGAACUCCAGGAGUUCCGACCGCUCAUUCAAUAUAGACGCGACCGUGAUACUGGAAAAAUGUUUGAGAUUCUUGAUGGGAUGAUGCUCAAGGAUGGUUAUUUAUACAAAAAAGUGCCCCUUGACUCUCUAAGUUUCUGGGGUGUGGUGCCAUCUGAAGAUGAGCUCCUGAAGUUUGAGCCUUCUGAGAACAAUGAAUCUAAGGAUGUAGAGUGGCUUUCCCAGCUUUAUGGUGAAGCAAAGAAGCCGCCCAUUGUAAAGGGUGACAAAGGAGGUGGAAAAGGAAAGUGUUCGACAAGCUCCAGUAUGGCGAGUAGCUUUGAAGUUCAUGAUCUAGUGUUUGUUGGUCGAAAGGGUUUUGGCAUUAUCGUAGGCACAGAGAAGGAAGAUAAUUUCAAGAUUAUGAAGGAGGGUUCGGAAGGACCAGUAGUUGUGACUGUUGAACCACGUGAGUUAAAGAAUGCAUCAUUUGAUAAGAAAUUAUUCACUGCAUUAGAUCAGCACAUGAAGACCAUAUCGGUGAAUGAUACUGUCAGGGUAUUGGAAGGUCCAUUAAUGGGUAGGCAAGGGAUUGUUAAGAAAAUUUAUCGAGGAACCAUCUUUUUAUAUGAUGAAAAUGAACAGGAAAAUGGUGGUUAUAUCUGUUCUAAAGCUCAAUUAUGUGAAAAAGUGAUUUCUGGCGAUGCAUCUGAUAAAAAGGGUGGUGAACCAGGCCCCUCUGGUUUUGACAAUUUCCCAUCAUCUCCAAAAUCUCCUUUGUCGCCCAAGAAGCCUUGGCAAGGGAAGGAUGAUAACUGCAACUUCAACCGGGAAGAUAAAGAUGGAAUGUUCUUUGUUGGUCAAUCAGUGAGAAUCCGAGUGGGUCCUUUAAAGGGAUAUCUGUGUCGUGUAUUGGCUGUUCGCCGUUCUGAUGUCACCGUGAAGCUUGAUUCUCAGCAUAAGAUUCUUACAGUUAAAAGUGAGCAUCUUUCAGAGGUUCGCGGAAAGAUUUCUGCCGUUUCAACGAGUGAGGAUCCGGAUUCUGUAAAACCAUUUGAUCUGCUUGGAACCCAAGAUGGCUCCGGAGAUUGGAUGGAUGGAGGGCAGGCAUCAACAGCAGGUGGAGGGUGGACUGCCGGAGGGCAAUCUACAGAAAGGAGUUCCUGGCCUUCGUUCCCUACCUCUAGCAUCUCGCUUCAGCCGGAAUCUGGUUCAGCUAAUCCUCCUCUCUGUGUGGACAAUGAUCUCAAUAAGGAUGUUGGAGAAUCUGCUUGGGAGACUAAAGUGACCACAAAUCAGAACCCUUCGUGGGGUCCAGGAGUUGCUGAUGAUAAAGCUGUCCUGGGUACUGAACAAGUGGGAGGCUGGGGAAAAAGUGAAGAUGGUUGGAAUAAAGCUACUUCUAAUGCUGGCUUUGGUAGCAGUACAGCCAAUGAUAGCUGGGGUAGGACAAGAAUAUCUACUGGGGAUCCAGUUGGCUCUUCGAAAGAUGCUGGAGACAACUGGGGUAAGGCAAAGCUCACAAUUGGAAGUUCUUCCAAUUAUGCAAAUGAUGCUGCAGCCUCGUGGAGCAAGGAGUAUACUGCUAGUAACCUGGAUGAUGGAUGGAAAAGAGCAGCAGACAAAGUCUCCAAUGUUGCUGUCCCAACAAGCAGCUGGAAUAAUCCAAAUGCCGGGAGGGCCCCGACAGAGUCCUGGGGCAAAGGAAAUGAUGGUGGCAGUGAUGAAUCGGCUUGGGGCAAAGCUGCAGAGAAGGGGAGCAAUAAUGACGAUUCCAGCAAAGGUAAGGCAGUUUGGGGUACUUCUGGAGCUAUACCUGAGAAACAAACUGGCGGAUGGGGUAAUGCUGGUGGGAGCUUGGCCCAACCAGAAAUGAGUAUAGGUGGAUCCAACUGGGGGAAAGCUUUGAAGUCCCAAGAUGAAGUCACUGAAGGUGCUGGGAAGUGGGCCACUAAAGAUGUUCCUAAUGGAAAUCAGACAGGUUGGAAUAGUUCUUCAGCUGUAGCAGAGUCUCAAAGUGGGAGAUGGGGUAAUGCAGGUCGUAGCUUGUCUAAACCUGAUGGAGAUACAAGUAGCUGGAAGAAAACUGCAAGUGUAACUGGAGGUCAGGCUCAAAAAUGGGGGAACAAGAAAGAAGAUGGUGAAGAUGCAACAGGAUGGGCAAAAGGUGGAUCUGGUAGUAAAGAUCGGACUGAUGGUUGGAACAAACCAACGACCUUUGGUGCUGAUGGGGGAUCUUCCUGGAGCAAACAGGAUGGAAGAUCUUCUUGGAGCAAACAGGAUGGUGGAUCUUCUCAGAGUGAACAAGCUGGAGAAUCUUCAUGGGGUAAACAGGCUGGAGGAUCUUCCUGGAGUAAGCGAGCUGAUGUUAUUACUGAUGAUGAGUCAAAAGGAAGGACAAAUCAAAAUGAUAGUUGGGAGAGACCAAAGAGUUUUGGUGGGGAUCGAGGAUUUGGUGGUUGGAACAAAGAUAGAUUGGGUAAUAAAGAUAGUACAGAUCAAGAAGGCAGCUGGGAGAGGCCAAAAUCAUUUGAUGGAGGCCGUGGUUCAGGUGGCCGAGGAGGUAGAGAUCAAGUUGGCAGAGGAAGAUCGUUUGAUCAGAGCCAAUCUUCUGGUUGGAGCAAAAAACAGGAUGAUUAUGGGUCAAGUGAUGGAACAUCCAGGGGGAAUAUGUCCAGUUGGAGCAGUGGUCAAGCAGGUGGUUGGGGCAGAGACAAGGCCUCUGAUGGAGAUAAGAAAGAUGAAAGUUGGAAUAAACCAAAUCUUUCUAGCGGGGACAGCAAAAGUGGUUGGGAUACUAAAGCCUCUUCACAAGAGAAGAGCUCUGAUUGGAUUCAGAAAUCUGCUGACAACGAGAAAGUUGGGGAGGGGAAAGAUCAGGGAGAUGGUUGGAUGAGUAGAACAACUUCGAACGGAGGUUCAGCCACAGGAUGGGGUCAAAGUAACCGAUGGAAAAGCGGAGCAAAUGAUGCAGGUGAAAAUCAGGAUUCUGCUUGGGGCAACAAAAGCAACUGGAACUCUGGAAAUGCUUUUGGUGGGAGUGAAAAUCAAACUGACACUUUCGGUAACAGGGGAGCAUAUGGUAAUUGGAGGGGGGGAGGCCGUGGAGGAAGAGGGGGAUCAGACAGGGGGUUUGGCGGCAGAGGGGAUUCGGACAGAGGCUUUGGAGGCAGAGGUGGAUCAGACAGGGGAGGCUUCCGAGGUAGAGGCGGAUCAGAUAGGGGAGGCUUUCGAGGUCGAGGUGGUUCUGACAGGGGUGGUUUUGGAGGUAGAGGGCGUGGAAGGAGGAAUUCGAGUGGUGAUUGGAACGACAGAAAUGAUUCUGCUGAGGAUCAGCCCUAUGGCUGGACCAAAGGGUCAAACAGUAAUGCUGAGGGAUGGAAGAGCAAUGAUGGUGGAGGCAGUUGGAACCAUGGAGGUGGUGGUAACAAGGGCCAGUGGCAGAGUUGGAAUUCGGGUGGGAGCCAGGCCAAAGGGGCUGUGGAAAGUGGUCAUAAUACCCAAGGUGGUGGAUGGAACAAAGAAACUGAUUCUGCUAAAGAUGCAGAUGGGAGUGAUGUUGCUGCCAGCAGUUGGGGCCAAGGAAACAAUUGGAAAUCUCCAAAUACUUCUGGUGGGGUUCCGUCAUCUGCAGGGAACCAACCAACGGUAAGCAAGGAAGCUGGAGGUUGGAUUAAGCCUGAGUCAGGUUGGAGCUUGGGAAGUGGUCCAGGAAAUGAAGUCGCAUCUAAUACUUGGAAACAAUCAAAUGCUGCAGCAGACGGUGACCAGUCGCGUGGUUGGAAUCAAGCAGAAAGUGCAAAAGGAAAAGCUAGUGAAGGGGGAGGAACACCUGAUUCAUGGGGAAAGGCAGCAGCAAGCUCUUGGGGCAAAGGAAAUGAUGGAAAUGGUAAAGGAGGAUGGGCCCAGAAUAAGCCGGAGCCAGGUUGGAACCGGGGAAGUGGUUCAGGAAAUGAAGGUGCAUCCAGGUCUUGGAACAAGUCUAAUUCUGCAGACGGGGACCAGAAUCAAGCAGAAGGUGCCAAAGCAAGAGCUGGUGAAGCUGGGGGACCAACUGAUUCUUGGGGUAAGGCAACAGCAAGCUCUUGGGGCAACAAGGGAAAUGAUGGUGGCGGCAAAGGAGGGUGGUGUUAACCAUCAAAGUAAUUAUUGCAUUGCUGCAUUUCUUUUGUUCGGAAGUUCUACAUAUCAUGUUUAUAUUUGCUGGCUGGACAGUUUAUCUUGUACAUUGUGUGUCAAACUCUGAAUGUGUGUUGUUAUGUUUUAACCUUGGGCCUGGUGGUAGACUAUUGGAGCACAUCCUUUGGGGCAUAUCUUGUUUCUUCGAGCAGGGUAGGGGUCAUGUUCUUCUGAUCUUUGUUAUGUAGAAGCUUGUGAAAAACCUUCGAAUGCUUCAUGAAUUUGCUGCUUUAGUAGUACUAAGCAUUUCCCUUCAAAUUGAGUAGAAAUUGAGGGCCUCAGUUAAU